CAUCUAUUCUCCCAUCUUGGUUUUUUUAAUACCUAUCCAUUUCUUUCUUCACUAGACCAAGUAGCUCAUCUGUUGACAGUUGCUUCACAAGUUUUGCAACUUUAUCACCAAAAUAAUCGCAUUCUUCAUACAGACGGUAUAAUUUUGAAGAAAGCUGCAAUUAACUACCAUAUUCUUAAAUUAAAAUUUUUAAGAAUAAAUUUUUAAUACCCUUACCCUUUAUCUUGCUUUGGUGAUUAGAUAUGUCUGACAGAGAAGUACUUAAACUUUUUUCUAGACAACCAGUGUCUCAAGAAAUGGUUGCAUUUCUUGUUAGUACCACCAAUUCCAUCAUUCAAGUGAAGAGUACACUCAAAACAACUUCUGCUACCAACGGUUCUGGAACCACUUGGUCAGUUACACCAAAGGUCACUUCACUCACCAAGUUCAUUAACAACCUCAUCCAAUACUCAAACGUUCAAACACCUACAUUGAUGGCAUCUUUGAUUUACCUCAAUAAGUUGAGAAAUCAUUUACCAGCGAAUGCAGUUGGUAUGGAAACAACAAGACAUAGAAUUUUCCUUGCUGCCCUUAUUCUUAGCGCCAAGACACUUAAUGAUUCAUCUCCUUUAAAUAAGCAUUGGACUAAGUAUACAGAUGGACUUCUUUCACUCGAAGAUGUUAACAUGGCCGAAAGAGAACUCAUUGGACUUUUAAAGUGGGAUAUCACUGUAAAGCAAGAAGAUUUACUUAUUGUUCUUCAGCCUUUCCUUACUAAUAUUCAACAAUCACUUGCAAGAAAACAACAAGUGGAGAGUGCCAAGAAAUCAGACUAUUACAGACUUUCAAACACUUUAUCCAACAGAUUCAGAGUGGGAUCUUCAAACUCACUUGCAUCUUCAUCUUCUACCGCAUCGUUGGCUUCAAGCAACCUUUCUUUGAGAAGUGCGGGUUCCAACUACAGUUUGUCAGAAGUGGAGGAAGAACAAUCAUAUCAAACCAGUGGCUCACAUUCAAAGAGACACCCGUUGGCUUCACGUUCUGCUAGUUCUUUGAAUAGACAAAACGAGAAUAAGCUCAAGAACUGUCAUGUCAGUUUAUCACACAGUCACAACUUGCACUCUGGACGCGUGCUUGCAUAACUUUUUUAUUUCUAAUUGGUGUUUAUAUAUAUUUUGGGAUUUAUAAUUUAAAUGAAGGAUUUUAUUUAA